CACACCGCUCUUUCACCGCCAUUGUCCACGAGGGUUCCAAGAUGGCGAAGAAGAAGGAGACGGAUAAAAGUGCCCAAAAUGAUAAUAAAAAUACCAAAACUGAAGCUGCUGACGACGAAGAACCGAAUUUUAGUGACGACGAAAAUUAUGUGGAUCAGGUUUCCGAUGAAGAGUUGCUGGGGGACCUGUUGAAAGACCGGCCAAAGGAGAAGGAUGGAGUUGAUUCUAUCAUUGUGGUCGAUGGUAUCCCACAAGUGGGUCCAGACCGUUUUGAAAAGCUUCACUCUGUCAUUAUAAAGUUUUUCUCAAAAUUUGGGAACAUCAUCAAUGAGUAUUUCCCAAAAUCCGAGACUGGUCAAACCAAGGGAUAUGUUUUCUUGGAGUACGUCAGUCCUGAGAAUGCCAUUGAAGCUGUCAACACAGCCAACAACCAUAAGCUGGACAAGCAGCAUACAUUUUUGGUCAACCUCUUCACCGAUUUCAAGAAGUAUGAGGAGAUUCCUGAGGUGUGGGAGCCGCCCCAGCCACAGCCAUACAAGGAGCAGACAGAGUUGUACAGCUUCCUGAUGGACGCUGACGCUUACGAUCAGUUCUCUGUCAUCACCAACCGCGGCAGCAUGGUGCAGAUCAUGCAGAACUCGGCCCCUGAACCUACUAAGCUGGAGGAGCGAUCGCGAUGGACAGAAACCUUCAUUCAGUGGUCUCCAUUGGGCACGUACCUAGCCACUUUCCAUUACAAGGGCAUUGCCCUGUGGGGAGGCCCCAAGUUUGAGCAAGCGAUGAAGUUUGGCCACACUGGCGUGGCAUACAUUGAGUUUUCUCCUUGCGAAAGGUAUCUGGUGACGUUUGCUCCCAGUGCAGAGAACAUCGACCCCAAGAAAAUGGUGAUCAUCUGGGACAUCCGUACUGGUCUGGAGAAGAGAUCCUUCAGCAUUGACGGCACCACUGUGUGGCCAAUCUUCCGCUGGAGCAAGGAUGACAAAUACUUUGCCCGUAUUGGUCAAGACGUCCUGUCCGUCUAUGAGACUCCUUCCUUUGGUCUACUGGACAAGAAGAGUUUCAAGCUCAAUGGUAUAAGAGACUUCAGCUGGUCCCCUACUGAUAACAUUCUGGCCUACUGGGUGGCUGAAGACAAGGACGUGCCUGCUAGAGUAGUGCUCAUUGAGAUACCCAGCCGUACGGAGAUCAGAGCCAACAACCUGUUCAACGUGGCUUCCUGUACAAUGCACUGGCAGAAGUCUGGAGACUACUUGUGUGUCAAGGUGGACAGGUUCAGCAAGGUGAAGAAGGAGAAGGGAGACCAGCCCAAAUACAGUGGAAUGUAUUACAACUUUGAGAUCUUUCAUAUGAGAGAGAAGAACAUCCCCAAAGAUAGUGAGGAGGUGAAGGAGCAAAUCCAUGCAUUCGCCUGGGAGCCAGUAGGCAGCAAGUUCGCCAUCAUUCAUGGAGAAUCACCGAACAUCUGUGUUAGCUUCUACAGUGUCAAGACCGGCCAGACACCUACCAUGCUGAAGAGGUUGGAGAAGAGAGUUUGCAACAACCUGUUCUGGUCACCGAUGGGUCAGUUCAUCGUGUUGGCGGACCUGCGAGCUAAUGGGAUACUGGAGUUUGUCGAUACCAACGACUUUACUGUCAUGAACACCACUGACCACUUCCAAGUGACAGAUGUGGAGUGGGACCCAACGGGACGAUACGUGGUGACAGCCGUUAGCUACUGGAAAGUCAAGGUGGACACAGGUUACUGGAUCUGGUCUUUCCAAGGCAAGAUCAUCAAGCGCAACAACGUAGAUGGAUUCUGUAACUUCCUGUGGCGGCCGAGACCCCCGACCUUGCUGUCGGCCGAACAACAGAAGGAGAUCAGGAAGAACCUCAAGAAGUACAGUCCGCAGUUUGAGAGCAAGGAUAGGAUGAGGAUGACCAAGGCGUCUAAGGAAUUGAUGGACAAGCGCAGACAGCUGAUGAAGGACUUUGAAGAGAUCCGCAAUCGACAACUGGAGGUCUGGAAGGAGCAGAAACCUCAUCGUCUGGAACUGCGUUAUAACGUUGACACUGAUGAGUUGGACUCAGACACCAAGAACGUCGAGGAGGAAGUUGUUGAAUUUUUCGUCAAAGAAGAAGUAACCAUCAUCGAGUAAUUAACCAACUUAUUCGUCGUUUCAUCUUGUAACCAUCUUGGGAACCCCGUGAGUGUCUCGUUUGAACCAAGUUUGAACGGGACACGAAUCAAGUUUAAACGUGGCCAUGAGAGACAAAAGUGACUUUCCUCUGUUUAUCGUCUUUCGCAUAAGAACUGUUUUCAAAUUUUAUCACGUUCCUUAUAGAAUACACUGGUUACUGAGGCUUUGUUUUUGGAGAGAAAUAAAAGUGUUGGAGGCGGAUGUA